UCGUCUCGCUAACCAGUAAGGUUGACUCGCAUGUUAUGUGUUUACAGAAAUCACGUCUACAUUGCGAGACCGUUCAUUGUUUAUUCCCCUGAAAUAUAUCUGCCUAGAUAAAAUAUAUUUGAAAUACUCUGGUGAAGGAAAAGAAUCUACAUCAGAUUUUUCCACCUUCAUAUGCGAUCGAAAGUACAUUUUUUCAGCUGAUCUGUCAUCUAAAGAAUAUUCUUUUUAGCGCUAAACUCGCAAAGUAUUUCCCAGAUCCACAACUGUUAGGAUUACAUCCAGCUCUAAAUCUUAUUGAAGUGACAGUUGAUUUCAUACACGUUGGCUUCAUUGAUUCGCUCCAAACUAAUUGUGAUCAAAUGUGAGCUAAUAAAAAUGGCCCUUUUUCUUAGCAAAUCUUUAAAGUUUGUGAGUCAUCAGUGACCCCACUUUAAACCACAGUGAAGAAGUCUGUUAACCCUUUAACUCCUACGAGUGACCAAGUCAGAACCUCUAGAAUAAAGUAAAUUAUCGCCAAGGGGAUCAGUUGAUCUAAUACCAAAUUCUCCAAACUAACAUCAUCAGAAUUGUAUGUCAGACAGUAAGGAGAAUUGAUAAUAAGAUCUUAAAGUGAAAGGGUUAAGUUCUUGUUUGUGUUUUUGUUUCAGAUUUUUUGCAGCCAUGAAGACUAUUCUGGCAAGUGCUACAGUUGACAUUCCCGAAAAUGGUAACUUCCUCUUUCAUUCUGUUGUUUAACUUGACUAUUUUGUUGUGAGUUAAAACAAGACAAGAUUCUGAUUCAAUUUAAAAAAGUUUAACAAAGUUUAAUGAACUUAUGUCUUUUAUUUGGUUGUUUAUGUACAAAUCCUAUAUCUGAAAAAUAAUCAUGCAAACCAUUUUUUGCUAAAUACUAAACAAAGAAACAGAUUCGGAAAAGACAAAAACAGAAAGUGGGAAAAGUACCCUCCUUUGAUUAAGUACCACCUCAAAUAAACAUCUCAAAUUAUCCAGAACUUAAAAUAGGUGUUUGAAUGGCAAUUCAAGGAUUUUGGAUAUCCAAGAAUUUUUAAUUUUUUUUUUUUUUGUGUGCAGUCACGAUCAAGCUGAGAGGUCGUGAAGUAACAGUUAAAGGACCACGUGGUAGCCUGGUGAGAAGUUUCAGACAUCUUAACUUGGAGCUUACUCUGCUGAGUAAGAAGAAGCUGCGUGUUGAUGUUUGGUUUGCAAAACGCAAACAGCUGGCUUGUGUCAAAACCAUAUGUACUCAUGUGGAAAACAUGAUCAAGGGAGUUACCUAUGUGAGUAGAUUUGCAGAUAAAAAGCAGAUGAUUAUUAAAUUUGUUGCUUAGAUUCUCAGUGCAUUGUUAAAGAACUACGUAUUUGAUUCAGUGUUUUCAAAUUGUGUUAAUUAUAGAAUAAGAAAGAUGGUAAAUUUUUAGCUCUGUAAAGAAGCAGUGAAAGAUGUUGUUUUUCUCUUGUCACGAGCAUGGGGCAAAGAUGUUACAAUCUCAGUCUGAACUACAAUUAUUGCCACUCAGGACCAAAUCUAAGAAAACUUAAGGUGAUAGAUCAUUUAUGGCAUCUGCUCCUAAACUUUGGAACAGAUUGCCAUCAAAUGUAAGAGCAAUAAAUGAUCUUAAUUGUUUUAAAAGACAUCUUAAAACACAUCUCUUUAGACAGGCAUUUUCAUGUUUGCUUUAAUAGUUUGUUUUUAGUUGGCCAAAUUGUAUAUUCUUAGCCUUAUAUAGUUUGUUUUCAUAUUUUAUUUUGCUUAGUCUUAUUGUAUAGCGCAUUAGAUCAUAUCCACAUGUAUUUUGCGCUAUAUAAGCAAUAAAUUAUUAUUAUUAUUAUUAUUAUUAUUAAAAAAUUUUUGGAACUUCUUGUAUGAACUUUGUAAUGGCCUCAGAAGUAGAGAAUGGGAGCAUUGAAUGCAAAGGUUUGGGGUUUGAUUCCUCAUGGGGACUCAGUUUUUUCUUUAUCUCAUGCUCUUGACAAGAUGAAAAAACAUCUUUUGCUGUAUUAAUCAAGUUGUUAUUGAAUUUUCAAGUCAGUGUUAGGGGGUAUAUGUUUUUUCUACUUGGAAAAAAAUUAUUCUGAGUAAAUUUUGUUAAAAAAUCUGAACAUUAUGAGGUAGAACUAGAACUUAAUGGGAGAGGAAUAUCUGAAUUAAGAAAAAUACUUUGAUAUCAAACAAUUUUUAAUAUCAUUUGAAACUAUUUGGGGUGCAUUUUGAAUUAAGUAUGAGAAUUCUCUCAUUGUUGACUUAACGAAAGGGUAGCAGAUUUCUAUCCCUACUCAAUACCUGUUAAUCUUAUUUACUUUUUUACAAAUGGAAUAUAUUCAAUAGAGCUUUUAUGAAGGGGUUCUUAGAUUGUAGUUUUGCCAAACUCUGACUUUGGAACUAAGUGCUGGAGGCAGGGGUAAACAAGACUGUUUAUUUUAUAGCUUAGGUUUUUUCUUUAUUUUUACUAAAGAGGUUGAUAUAUAUCAAACUUCAACUUCAUUUUAUUCUCCAGAGACAAAAAUCACUUAAUAUAUUUAAAAUGUUAUUAUGAAUUAAUGAUGUCAUUUCAAAUUCUUCAGGGCUACAAGUAUAAGAUGAAGGCAGUGUAUGCUCAUUUCCCAAUUAACAUCACUGUCUCUGAGAAUAACACCUUAGUGGAGGUGCGUAACUUCCUUGGUGAGAAGUACAUAAGACGUGUGAGAAUGAGACCUGGUGUCACAUGUGUGAAUUCCUCCGUGAAGGAUGAGAUCAUCUUGGAAGGGAAUGACAUUGAGCUGGUUUCCAACUCUGGUAAGAUUGGUGCAUAAUGGUAGCAUGUAUUUUUGAAUGGUAGAACCCAGUUUUGUUUGUGGUUGAAGAGAUGAAUUGCAGAAAUAGUGUGUCUUUCUCCAAAAAACAAUUCACAGAAAGUGGAGUCUAGUGUAACACCUGUUGGUGUUUUUCUCCAGUUGGUUGGGUGGCAGGGGGGGAGGAUAUUACAAGAUAAUUUGGUCAUAUUAACAGAGUUGAUAAUGUAAAUCAGUCACUGUGUAGUGUUUCUGAAGCUGAUGUUUUGAGCUUUACUUUACAUUAUCAACUCAGUUGAUAAAACCAAAUGUAGGGUUCACUUGAUUAUAAGCAAAAGAGUUGUAAGCAGAAUUAAGAAAAAUGACAUGGAAAUGUUGAGACUCUUGAUUUUGAGAGCCCACCAUGCUUUUGACUUGAGGUGGAAGAAAAGCAUCUUUUUUAUUCUGAUUUCACUGCUGGUGAAAACCAUUCUGGGAACAUACAAAUACAUCCUUUGUCUCUAUUGUUUACUUUUUUGUAAAAUUACCAGGCAAUCUAAACCCUUUCUCAGAGCUUUGUUUCCUCUCUCUUUCAGCUGCUCUUAUCCACCAGUCCACUCUGGUGAAGAACAAAGAUAUCCGUAUGUUCUUGGAUGGUAUCUAUGUAUCUGAAAAGACAACUGUUGCACCUGUGGAAUGA